AUGUAAUACAUGGAUGACAUGACAAGAGUUCAAUAAUUAGCAGAAUCAUGGUAAAAGAAAAAAUCUCUUAAAUUACUUAAAUCAAGGCUAUAAAGUGCUAAGAAUCCACAAAGAACUCUGGAAAGAGUUCCUCAUCUUAUAAGAAAUUACAAUACUAUUGAAUAGAAUAUAUUUGCAGUCUCUAAAUUAAAUAAGACUAUUUCUCAUAUCUAUAAUUCUCCAAAAGAAAACUAAAAAUAAACAAAUUCAUCUUUUUCAGUUGAUGAAACUUUUUAUUAAUUUCCUUGUGAAUCAAAUACAAAAAAAGAAAAUUAAAAGGUUAUUGAUAAGAUUUAAUAUCAGUUUUCGAUUUUCAAGUAAAAGAACUAAUUUGGACUUACUAAGAAAACUUCAUUUUAACCUAGGGUGUCUUAAACAUUUUCAAGAAAUUCAAUUAGUAUUUAAAACUAAACUUAAUAAACAAAGAGCUCAACUAUAAAUAAUAAUUUUCUUGUUAACUAAAGAACUGUUUUAAAAAAUGGAGUUAAAUAUCCAUAUUAAUUGUUGAUAAUGAAUGAUUCAAGACAAAAAAUACUAAAUAGUAUGAUCAAUUCAAAUGACACAACUUUAUUAACAAUAAGUAAUGCAAGUGAUUUAGAUGAAUUAAAAAAGAAGGAUUCCUAAGUCUAUUAAGAUGAAGGUAUUUAUUAUUUUUAUAUGAGUAAAGACUAUAUAAAAUGAAAAACGUAAACAAGAGUUAUUAUCUAGAAAUUAUAUGACUAAUGCUAUGUAUUCUCUUAUGGCUUUAAAUAGAAGAUCAUAAAGCAAUGUAAAAUCCAAAUAUUAAACAUUAUUACCUAGAGAUUCAAGAUUCUAUAUGAUUUAAUGA